UUCCCUCUGUUGUCAUAUCCUGUGAGACAGAAAUGAGAAGUCUGUGUUGAAGGACCAAAGUCCUUAUUUCCUCUGAGACACUGAAGACUGAUAAACUGCUGAACAGGAGUCGCUCUGAGAUGUUUGCGGUCCUGUUCGUCUGUGGGAUCCUGUUCGCUCGAGCUCAGGGUUUGUCUGAACCGCGGAUCAGACUGAACUCUGGCGCUCUGGCCGGUUCUGAUGUGAUUCUCAGCUCCGGUUCUCUUCUUCAUUUGAUCUGUGAGGGCGACGGCCCGGUGACGUGGCAUCCCCGACUGGCCAAAUUCAAACGUUACAUCUCCAAAGAUGUCGGAAACAUCCGGAGUUUCCGUGUGGAUAAAGCCACGCGGGAUAUUACAGGAACAUACAAGUGCAAUUAUACGAACGGAAAUUACACAAACGUGUCGUCUUCUGUUCAUGUGUUUGUCAGGGAUCCCCAAGUUCUGUUCGUGUCACCGGGUUUCACUCAGACACUGGUGCGGAAAGAAGGUGAAGAUCUGUUGCUCCCGUGUCUUCUGACCGACCCCGACGCCACGGACUUCACGUUCCGCAUGGAUAACGGCUCAGCGAUACCUUACGGCAUGAACGUGACCUUUGACCCCAGGAAAGGUGUCCUGAUUCGCAACGUUCAGCCUGGAUUCACCGCCGACUACAUUUGCAGCGCUAAAAUUGGAGGGGUUGAGAAAGUGUCAAAGAUAUUCAAAAUAAACAUCAGGCAAAGGUUACAUUUUCCACCGUACGUGUUCCUGAGGAGAAACGAGUAUGUGAAACUGGUGGGAGAGAGCUUUCAGAUCAGUUGCACCACAAAUAACCCAGACUUUUACUACAACGUCACAUGGACACACUCCACUAGAAAGCUGCCUCGAGCAGAAGAGAAAUCAAAGAUGCAGGGGGAUCGUUUGGCCAUCGAGAGCAUCCUCAGCAUACCGGCUGUUCAGCUGUCUGAUUCUGGCAACAUCACGUGUACGGGCCAGAACGAGGCCGGAGCCAACAGCUCCACCACACAACUGCUGGUCGUGGACGAGCCGUACAUUCGUCUCUCCCCGAAGCUCUCUUCUAAACUCACUCACCGCGGUCUGUCCAUCGAGGUCAGCGAAGGGGACGAUGUGGAUCUUUCAGUUCUGAUCGAAGCGUAUCCUCCUCUGACCUCACACCAGUGGGAGACUCCAACAUCCCACAAUGCCUCGCUCCCAGAGAACAGGUUUUACAACUACAACGACAGGUACGAGGCGCUGCUGUUCCUCAGGAGACUGAACUUCCAGGAGAUCGGCAGCUACACACUUCGUGUGAACAGCAGCAUGAAAAAUGCCUCCAUUACUUUUGAUAUCAAAAUGUACAAGAAACCUGUUGCGACGGUGAGAUGGGAGAAUGUCACAACUCUGACAUGCAGAUCUUAUGGAUAUCCAGCUCCCAGCAUCCUCUGGUACCAGUGCGCAGGAAGCAGAACCACUUGUCCAGAGAACACCACAGACCUUCAGCCGAUCCAGACUCAGACGGUGGAGGUCCAGAAGGAGCCGUACGGGUCGGUGGGAGUGGAGAGUGUCCUGACCGUGGGCCCGAACCGCAGGAUGACCGUGGUGUGUGUGGCCUUUAAUCUGGCCGGUCAGGGCAGUGACGUCUUCUCCAUGGACGGCUCUGAUCAGCUGUUCACCAGUGCGAUGUACGGAUGUGGAGUCUCCAUGCUGGUCCUGGCGCUGCUGCUCGCCCUCAUGUUCUACAAGUACAGACAGAAACCCAGAUUUGAGAUCCGCUGGAAAAUCAUUGAAGCCACAAAUGGAAACAACUACACCUUCAUAGACCCGACACAACUUCCAUACAAUGAGAAAUGGGAGUUUCCUCGAGACAAAUUAAAACUAGGGAAGACUCUGGGCGCAGGAGCGUUUGGGAAGGUGGUGGAGGCCACGGCGUACGGCCUGGGGAAGGAUGACAACGUCACGCGUGUUGCUGUGAAAAUGCUGAAAGCCAGCGCUCAUCGAGACGAGCGGGAGGCCCUGAUGUCAGAGCUGAAGAUCCUCAGUCAUCUGGGACAGCACAAGUACAUCGUGAACCUGCUGGGCGCCUGCACACACGGCGGUCCUGUGCUGGUGAUCACGGAGUACUGCUGUCAUGGGGAUCUUCUGAACUUCCUGCGUAGCAAAGCCGAGAACUUCCUGAACUUCGUCAUGACGAUUCCGAACUUUCCAGAGCCAACGAUGGAUUAUAAGAAUGUGAACACUGAACGAAUGUUCAUCAGAAGUGACAGUGGGAUUUCCAGCACAUGCUCUGAUAACUAUCUGGACAUGAAACCGGUCACAUCCAGACCCACAAACUCUGUUCUGGGUUCUUCUUUUGAGAUUCAGGCUGAAGAUUCGUGGCCAGUCGACAUGGACGACUUACUCAGAUUCUCCUAUCAGGUGGCGCAGGGACUCGACUUCCUCACGGCUAAGAAUUGCAUUCACCGAGAUGUGGCGGCCAGAAACGUUCUCCUCACCAACAGCCGAGUGGCCAAGAUCUGUGAUUUCGGACUGGCACGAGACAUCAUGAACGACUCCAACUACGUGGUCAAAGGAAACGCCCGUCUUCCAGUGAAGUGGAUGGCUCCAGAGAGUAUUUUCGAGUGUGUUUAUACGGUUCAGAGUGACGUCUGGUCUUACGGCAUCCUGCUGUGGGAGAUCUUUUCACUGGGGAAGAGCCCAUAUCCCAACGUCCUGGUAGACUCCAAGUUCUAUAAAAUGAUCAAAUGUGGCUAUCAGAUGUCCAGACCUGACUUUGCACCUCCAGAGAUGUACUCCAUCAUGAAGAUGUGCUGGAACCUGGAGGCCUGUGAGAGACCAACAUUCAGUAAGAUCGGUCAGCUGAUCGAGAGGAUGCUGGGAGACACACCUGAGGCGCAGGAGACCGAGUACCAAAAUGUGCAGUCUGAAGAGCACAGUGACCAAGAACCAGAGUCAUGUGACCCUGUGAAGCAUGAAGAGGAGUCAAAUGAGACGACAUGUGACCCGGAAGAAGAAGAUCAGCCACUUAUGAAUGCCAACAACUACCAGUUCUGCUGAGGACAUGAACUAACUACUCUCUGUACAUCAGACACACACACGUACGCAUCAUUCAUUCAUCUUAUCUGUGGAAGCUGGUUUCCGUCACAGAAUACGAAAUAAAAAAGGUAAUUG